AUAAUGAAUAUAAAAAGAAAAUAACUUCUUAUAAAGUAUAUAUCAGGAUUAAAAAUAAUCCUAUUGAAGCUAUAAUCAAUAUAAAAGCAACUGUCAAUAUUAUUAUUAACAAGUUAGCUAAAAAGUUAGAACUUAAUAUUAAUAAACCUUCUAAAUUGAUCGUAACUAUAGCAAAUGAGAAUCAUGUAAAAGCUUUAAGACAAAUUACUGAA